UUGGCGCUGGUGGCGAUCGAACAGUGGCGAUGGGUGGUGCGUCACGGGAAAGGGGCGCGUUCGACACGCGCGCGCGAGCACAGGGAGGUGCGGUUGAUGAAGACGGCGUUCACGGCGAUGCGCGCGCGGAGGCGAGAGGGCUCGCAUCGAGCGCUGCGGGCGAAGAUUUAUUGGCGUCUCGGGGCGACGCAGCGCGCGUUCGCGAGUUGGCGCGGAGAGGUUGAGCGCGCGCGUGAUAGUGUAAUGCAGGCGCGCGUACGGCGUUGCGUGCGGAAGUGGCGGGAGACGACCGAGGCGAGAGCGGAGGCGCGCUCUGCGCGCGCGCGAACGUCGGAGCAAAUCGCGUGGUAUCACGAUUGCGUGACCUCGAUGCGUCGAGCGUUCGGGACGUGGCGACGCGCGUGCGAACCCGAGGCGCGCGGCGCGCGCGCCCGGAUGGAGUUCUACGAUCGAUACGCGAGGAAGACGCUGUUGAAACGCGCCAUCGACGGAUGGAGGGACGCCGCGCGCAGGCAAAUGGACGAGCGAACGAAUGCGCUCAUCGCAACGUCUUUCGACGAAGUGAAGACGCUUUCGCGAGCGAUGCGAGCGUGGAAAAGCGCACACGCCGAUUCAUCAAACAGCGACGCUGACGACGAUAAGGUGGAGACGUUUCGCGCGUUUCAAGCGGUAAACGCUCUGUCGAGCGUGUUUUCGGCGUGGGUUGACCAAGCGCGCGAAACAAGCGAACGAGCGCGCGCGUCACAGGCGACGCCGGCAAAAACGCGCGCGGGCCGUACGAAGCACGCGUUAUACGCGUGGCUCUUCGACCGCUCGAAAGCGAACGAUUAUGAAGAGGAGGUGCUGGAUUUUUUAGAGACGCGCGAGGCUGCCGCCGCGAUGGAACAGGAUAAAUUAGACUUAGAAGAUUUCGAACAAGCCGUGGACGAAUACGAGGAGCUACGCGAAGAGGCAAAGCGAUUGAUCGCGGAGGCGAAAACGUUGAAAAACGCGAGCACGAAAAAGGCGAUCGCUCGACGUAGAGUGUUAAAGGCGACUGCGGCGUAUCUGAGCCAACGCCGCGAAGAACUUUUGCCAGUGAUUCGCCGAGCCGCGGGCGCCGAGAAAUGGCGCUCGCGCUCGGUGGGCACGAGUUCGUUAGGAUUCUCCAUUCUUGAUGACGCCGACGCCGCCGACGAUGCCGCCGACGAUGCCGACGACGCGUUCUUGCGACGCAAAUAUUGA